UUAAUCCAAAUCUAAUUAAAAUGGGUUUCCCUCUAAAAAUAUGUGAACGCAGUUUUGUGUCAACAAACAAUUACGUCAAAAUGCUCAACUCAAAUGACAUUGGCAUUUGACGUAAAUAAAUCAAUAACAAAAAACUUGAUGCUUGUAAAAUAAAACUUUAAUUUUGGUUUAAAGCGGGAAAUAAAAUAGGUACAAUAUAAUAGUCGCCUUGAUGGCAAAGAAAAUUGUUUUUGCGGAUGCUUGACGUACCCACCCGUUUGCAGUACAAAACAAUGGAAAAUAUUUGCAGAAUUUGUCUUGAGAAACCCGGCGUAACAUCUCUUUUUACAAAUGAAUCAAAUGAAAUACGUUAUUGUGACAAAGUUACUCGUUUAGUAAAUAUAUUGAUAUCAGAAGAAGAUGGUCUACCGACGAAGUUAUGUGAGGAGUGUACAAUCGAUCUUAACUCGUCGUAUCAAUUUGUUCUAAAAUGUGAGGCUUCGGACAAAGCCUUACGCUGCGUUAGCCCGAUUGAUUUGUUCUCUUCCAUAGAAUUAAAAAUAGAAAAAGAAGAAGUUAACCUUUGUGAUACAAAGUUAGAUGACAUUCUGGAUGAGGGACAUUGCACAGAACAUGAUUUUGAUUUCAAACCAUUGCUAGAACCUACGACUGAUAUAAGUAAUACAGAGAACGAUGCAACAGAACUGUCAAAAAGUGAACAGAAAGCGGUAAGAAAAACUCGUAAAAAACAGAGCAACGGUGGUCCAGCUCAAUGUGUAGUCUGUGGUCUUAUGACGAAAAGUCAGUCAGCUCUAGAAAUACACAUGCGUGUACACACAAAAGAGAAACCAUUCGCCUGUGACCACUGCGACGCGAAAUUCCCCUCCAAAGGGAAUCUCAAACGCCACAUUGAUGUUUAUCAUUCUGUGAGAGAACGUAAAUUCACUUGUGAAAAAUGUGGCAAUAGCUUCUUUAGUAAAAAUGAUAUAAUAACGCACAUACGAGUUCACACAAAUGAGACGCCAUUUGCUUGCAUGUACUGUCCGAAACGGUUCAAGCAAUUGACUUCAAGGAACCGCCACCAAACCACUCACACAGGUUUGAAACCCUACGCUUGUCCAAUUUGCAACAAGAAAUUCGCGCACCGCAAUCUCGUCGUCAAACACCAGAGUGUCCACAGUGAUGAGAGGAAAUUCACAUGUCAUCUGUGUAAUAAAUCCUUGAAAACAAAAUCGAGUUUGCGAGUUCAUAUGAGCCUUCAUAAAAACGAGAAAAGGAAUGUUUGCAGUUUUUGCGGCAUGACAUUCUCCAUGAAAGGCAACCUGCAGACGCACAUAAGAAGAGUGCAUUCAGAGAAAUCAGGCCAGUGCACUAUAUGUUUGAAAACAUUCUCCAAUUUAGAGGUGCACUUACGGAAGCAUACUGGGGAAAGGCCUUACACAUGCCCCACUUGCAACAUGUCCUUUGCUGUAAAGGGAGCAUUGAAGUACCAUAUGUUCUUCAAACAUGAAAACACAGAUAAAUUUAAAUGUUCAAUAGGCGAUUGUAUGAAAACCUUCCCAACGGCUCCUAGAUUAGAAUUCCAUUUAUUAAAACAGCAUUCAAAACAUACCCCUUAUGUGUGUCAGCAUUGUUCCAAAGGUUUCUACCGAACCAGUGAUUUAUCAAGACAUUUGAAAAACAGUCAUAUGGAUGUUAAUAUGAAGUCAUCGUUAAAAACUAUCUCAAACACAGUAUUCACAAUAGCACAAACAUAGGCGAGUUAAGACUGAUUAUUUAUUAAGUUUAAAUGAAUUUUCUGUAGAAAUAUAAUAUAUUACAAAUAU